ACACAUUUGCAGGAAUCCCACGUAAUUCCUCGUCAUUUUAGUAUUAUGCAAAGGUUUCGCGCAAAUUUGCCCAAAUGAGGAUUUUAUUUGGUGCAUUUGCGCUUCUGGCUCAUGGGUGGUGUUUGGCCACGAGACCAAACGUUACGCUCGAUAUUGCGAGCAUUCAACCUCAUCAUUUCAAGGUAACGGAGGAGAAUAUAAACGAUUCGUUCCUUUCCAAGAUUUUAAGUUCACAUAAUCGAAUCGAUACGAUUGUAUGCAACGGAAAACCGAUUUGGAAGGCGUCGAAUAAUAGAGUCGAGUGCUUCUACGCAAAGGUCUACUCUAACGUGCUAAAUUCAGCUCUAGUCGUCAAUUAUGGAACUCUUCCUACCAAGAAUUCGCCCUUUGGAGAUAAUGAAAUUGCCUACUACGUCAGGGGACCGCACAUUUGGAACCAAGUCUCGUACCAGACGUUUCAUGCACUGCUUGUUGAGAUGGGAUGGAACCAAAGUGGGCUCGUUAACGUUAGUCUGGAUGUGUCACAGCUUUCGGACUAUACAUUCACCGUAUUCCACGGGGAUGUGGAGAAUGUGCCCUUUUCCAUCUUUGUUGGAACGGACAAUUACAGAAUAACAAGAGUACUUGACUAUUGCACCGGCAUUUUGGUGUUUGAUAAGGAUGAAGUUUUCACGGAUGCCAUGCUAUUUUUCGACAAGACUGCGCCGGCUCUGCUUUGCGUCUCGUACAUUUCAGCCGACAGGACCGGAAGAAAGAAUCUACACUAUGAGCUUGUGGAUAUGGUCUGGAGAAUGGUUAACAAGGAUAAAUUUUAUUCAAAAGUUAUCGAGAUUGGAACAAGGGAAAAGGAACCAACCAAGACACAAACCAAAGAUGCUAUGAUGGUGGUACCUGGACUCUUGCCAAUUUUCACAAUGUUGUUACUUUGUAUUGUAGGAUAAAUCGCUGUCCUUUUCCCGUUGGGAUUUUAAUGCAGUUUUAAUAGCCAGUUG